CUUCCGCUUCCUCCUGCCUCCUGUCCCCUGCUGCUGGGCUCUGGGUCCCUCACCAGGCUCUCCACACCCCUGGUACCCGCAGAAACGCUCCACACCCUGAGCUGUCACCGCCGCCGCUCCCCAGGCCCCAGACACGAUGCAGGCCAUCAAGUGUGUGGUGGUGGGAGAUGGAGCCGUGGGCAAGACCUGCCUGCUCAUCAGCUACACCACCAACGCCUUCCCGGGAGAGUACAUCCCCACUGUGUUUGACAACUAUUCAGCUAAUGUGAUGGUGGACAGCAAGCCGGUGAACCUGGGGCUGUGGGACACAGCCGGGCAGGAGGACUACGACCGCCUCCGGCCGCUCUCCUACCCGCAGACGGAUGUCUUCCUCAUCUGCUUCUCCCUUGUCAGCCCAGCCUCCUAUGAGAACGUCCGUGCCAAGUGGUUCCCCGAGGUGCGACACCACUGCCCCAGCACACCCAUCAUCCUGGUGGGGACAAAGCUGGACCUGCGGGAUGACAAGGAGACCAUCGAGAAGCUGAAGGAGAAGAAGCUGGCGCCUAUCACCUACCCUCAGGGCCUGGCACUGGCCAAGGAGAUAGACUCAGUGAAAUACCUGGAGUGCUCGGCCCUCACCCAGAGAGGCCUCAAAACCGUCUUCGACGAGGCGAUCCGCGCCGUCCUGUGUCCCCAGCCCACGCGGCCGCAGAAGCGCCCCUGCAGCAUCCUCUAGGGGUUGCAACCAGUCCUCCCAGCCAGAUGGUUCUGACUCUCCAAGGCCGCCACUCAAAGCCUGAUGGUACCCUGGCUGGCCAUGCUGUCCCCUCCCUGUGGCGUUUCUUAGCAAAUGGUUGCAGAGCUUGGUUGAUCAUCUUCUCUGUGCUGGACGCCCCCUUGGGCCCAAAGGUGUGAAUUUGUAGCUGCUGCGUGCCAAUCCCCUCAUGCUACUGCCUUCCCAGGGGCAAGAGGGGAGCCCCAGGACUCAAUAAGCCACCCCUGCAUUACUGUGGUCAGUGCCACAUGGCAGCGUCUACCCAUUUACUCCUGUCUCACCUGACGCCUGAAUCCCCUCCAGAAAACUUGGUCCAGAUGGUUGCUGGCCACCAUUUGUAUAACUUCAGAAACGGGUCUCUUACUCUUACUGAGACAGCCUAUUCCAAUACUGAUGGCCCAGCUUGUCUGGAAGUUCUCCUGCUGAGCUAAAAUGAGGGUCUCAGAAGUUUGUCCCUCUGGUCUUAGUUCUUCUUUUGAGACAAGAACAAAACAAACCAGAUUUUCUCAAUCUCUGUGGGCAUCUGCCCAGCCAGUCAAAAGCCUGGGUCCAGCUGACUCCUGCCAUCUCUCAAGUCUUUCUUCUCCACUCACAGGAUCCUGAGCUACAUUUACCUGUGAGAGUCUUAAACUUUCAGACCCUGCCAGUCAGGACUUUGGCUACUGCAAACAAAAAGCCCAAUUCAACCUGCUUAAGCAGAAAAUAAAUUUAUUGAUUCAA